AUGACCAUAUCCACCAUUAGCUCAAUCUACCAGCCGGUGGAUGUCUCAUUGAGUCAAGAUGCAGCGUCAGGAAUUAAGGCGACUAUCGCCAAUAACGGCGCGGAAACUCUAAGCCUUCUAGGUUUUGAUAAUCUUCUCGAUGACGAUGGAUAUGUCGAAAAGCUGAUGGUAUUCUCUGGUGAUGUCAAAGUCGACUUCAACGGUUACCAUCUCUAUCCAGCGAUAGACAGAUUGAGAAUGAGCGAUUUCACUUCUCUGUAUCCCGGGGAGACUAUAGAGAUUACCAUUGAUCCAGCAGAAGUGCAUGACUUGAGCAUUGGAGGCAAUUACACCGUCUUCACCAAAGGCCUUUUCCUUCUCGGCACCCCAGACUCAACUUCGCUCAGCGGCGCAAGUGUUCCGUAUAGCAGCAACAAGCUUGCAAUCGAAAUCAACGGUACUCGAGCGGCUCAAAGUUUUCGCGACUUCGCAAGUCAAUCGUCAGAAAGAGCAUCAAUGAUCGACUGCUCUGAUCCCGAACAAUCCGCCAAAUUCACCAACAUAACCAUAAAAGAAGCAUCGCUGUUAGCCAGUCAUGCUGCGAGCGCAGCACGCUCAGGCCCAGCCGAUCAAUUCGAAUUCUUCUUCAAAACGACCAACACAACCGCCCGUGAACAUGUAGCCGCACGUUUCGACGCCAUGGCCUCAGCCGUUUUGACCAUCGGCACCACACCCUAUCUGCACUGCGUUGAGCCCUAUGGUAUGAACUACUGCACCAACAGGUCGUCCAUCGCAGCGUAUGCAACAAAUCCUGGCGGCAACUUGUUCUUCUGUCCCGUGUUUUACGACUAUCCUGUGAUGCCAGAUACUUGUCGGGGUUAUGAUUCACGUGCAGGGAUUUUGCUACAUGAAAUGAGCCAUAAUGAGGAAAUAUAUAAGCCGGCGACGGGUGAUUAUGCAUACGGACCGAACGGUUCGCUGGCAUUGCCAAGUGAUCAGGCGCUGUUGAAUGCGGAUUCUUUUUUGGCGUAUGCAUUUGGUGUAAAGUAUGGAUGUUAUUUGGACUGACGGCUCUAAGACAUGAAUGGUCAAGAGGCUUCAGUGGGUGAUGUUUUUAGUCCGACCUUGUCGAUUUGAACUAUUUGGUCGAAAGCGCAUUCAGACUAGUUAUUGGAGUAUCAGCAGGAAGUGAAACUGAAAAAAUAUACCGAGCGGAAAUAUUCGCCAUGUUCAUGGCGAGUAUAUGUUCCGCUAGAAAUCUUCUUACCGGAGAUGAAGUGAACUCAUCGAUAGCUAACACAUGAC